AUGAGUGCUAGGAAGUGCGCAAAUUAUCGUCGCCUUAACGCUCUUCCGACCGCGCCUCAGGACGCAACUGAUGUGCAGUAUGUCCCUCCCGAGUACCAGUUACCUGCCCGUCGCAUGUUUGAUCGGUCUGCACUUCGAGUCCACUGCCAACGUCUUCUUUACUUCAUCCUCUUCUACGCCCUUCUUGCAGCCUUCUUCUUCAACUACAUGAGUUGGCUAAUGUACUUUCAGGUAUCACGUGAUUACCCAAAGUUGACGGGGGCUCACAGUGCCAUAGGCAUGAAUCCCGGCCUCAGCUUCGUGCCUCAUCCGGAUAUCUUUAACAGCCUCAUUCGCAUUCAGUCACGCGUCCCUCUGCCGAUAUCUUUGUUGAACGAUCACAUCACGGCCUUCCUGCACUCCUACCAGGACAACACCGGAUGCACUGAGAGGGAGGACUGUGUGAAGGAAGGUGGACUGACCCAGGAUCCGGAACGUCCUUGUGCCUAUGAUGUCAAUGCUGGGGGACCCUGCAACAUGGUCAAUGGUUUUGGUUAUGACACAGCACAACCCUGUUUUGCCCUGAAGAUGAGCAAAAUUUAUGGUUGGUUGCCUGACCCGGUGGACGGAGCGGACGGUGUGCUGGUACGGUGUGAGGGUUAUGAUGAGGAUGACACCAACCACCUCGGAGUCAUUCGUUACUUCGAUAUGGACUACAAGUUCUCGGCAAUCCCACCGGGGAAAAAUCCCGGCAAGUUGGACAACGGCACAUUUCGAUCCAUGUACUUUCCCUAUCGGAAUCAGGCUUGCUACCACCAACCUCUGGUGUUUGUGCAGUUUGAUGGCAUCACGAGAUAUACCCUUAUUCGUGUGCGAUGUUACCUGAUUGCCAAGAAUAUCCAUGUGGACUUCGAACGUGGUGAAGGCAGUGUCUCUUUUGAAAUACUUGCUGAUUAA